GUAAUGCUACUAACAGUUUGUUGCCAACCGCCAGUAAAACCGAUAAUAAAAAGAAGAAGAAGAAGAUAAAACUACACAACGUAGUUGAGGAGUUGUCUGGAAAAGUAGACAGACCUCCGUAAAAACACAUCAGGUUUGGACGUGUUUUUGGAACGAAAAUGGGAACAAAAUACAGCGUAAACUCAUCUUCGUCGACACGAAGUUCUGGAGAACCUGUCAUCCCUCUUCCGUUGGAAAUAUUGGAGGAAAUCUUCUUAAAUUUGCCCCCCCAACACGUGGUGUGUGUGUGUCGAUUAGUGUGCCGCCAGUGGAAAGAUGUGGCCGACAGCGAGUCUUUCUGGAGAGAAAGAUGUAGGAGAGAGGGAUAUCACCUCCGUGAUCCUUCCAGAGUACCCAGCAACAACUGGAGGUUGUUUUACUUCUUGUGCAAGAAGAGGAGAAAUCUCAUAAAGAAUCCAAGAGCAGAAGAUGAAUUUCAAGGUUGGAGAAUACUGAAGAACGGUGGAGAUAAGUGGACCAUAGAGGGAUCUAAGGUGCAACAUUCAAAUCCAGCAGUCCAGAAAAACUAUGUGACCUCGUUUGAUUGGUGCACAAAGGUGCAGGUGAUUGAUCUGAUGAAAGAAGGUUACAGCCCAUCAUUUAUGGAUGAGUUCCAGCCGCCUAUCCGGAUAUCUGACUGGUAUGGGGCGCGUUCGGAUUGUGGAAGCAUCUACAUUAUUUCUGUACAGCUAUUAGAUCACAAGAAAAAUGUUCUGAAGAACUUCAGGCCUCAGGACGUUACUAUUCCACAGUGGAAUGAUGAGCAGUGGCAUCAAAUGGAGUAUGUCUUCAAGGACUACGGACCAGGAGUGAGAUAUGUCCGUUUCACCCAUGGUGGCAAAGACACACAGUUCUGGGGAGGAUGGUAUGGCAUUCGUGUAACGGAGAGCUGCGUUGAAAUUUGUCCAGCAUUGGACAGCUAGCUUAUUUAUGCAACUCUGUUAGGAAGACAACUCUGAACAUCUUUGAGUACUUGAGUUAGGAAAAAUCUUAACCUUUUGUCCUUCUAAGCAAUUUUAACCCAGACAUUCUGUAAUGUACUGACAAAAAAUGUAAUUCAGGAAGGAUUUUAUUCUUAUAUUAUCUUCAGAUGGCAAUUUUUUUUAUUAUUCUGUGAAAUGACCUCCACACACAUGCUUCAAAAUAUGUCUAAAUCGUACAAGGAUGCUUUGCUAUGCAUAAAGUGAGUUAAUUCUUUUUAUAACUUGAAUGUUAAAGGUUUGCAUUUAGUUGUUUGUAGAUUUCUCUGUUACUAGAACUGGACACACUGACGUACUCCUGAACUUUGUCAACUUACUUAAUCAAAAGUCCAUUUGUCAAUUAAACAGUUACUAACACAAACAAUGCAA